AAUGUUGACCUAAAUACAAUACAUUAAAAAAAAACCCAUUUAAAAACCCUCAACAAUUCCCUUCUACUUCGAAUAAUUAUUGUUUAAAAAAACAACAAAUACCCUGCAAAUAUAAAUAAUAUAAUUUAUAAGGCAAGAACUUGACAAAAUUGCACGCGAAAACUCGAGGGGGGCUGCACCCUAGAAAACACCGUGUUUCUUAAGAGCUAGACGUGCGUACUAACGGUAAUUGUGGACAAUACCAGCAACAACAAAUAACAACAAUUAGCUAUUAAUACAAAUUCCGUUAAAGUAUAAUAAACAUUCUCGUGUGCAUUGUAAAGAAGAAGAGUGUAUCGAAAAGAAUUGAAAAGGUAAUUUAUUUUUUAAACCGGAUGGCGCUUUCGUUUCUAUCGGUAAAUUCCGGCCUGUUGGAUAUACAAAGCAUAUUUGAUCCACAAUAUUUACAACAACAACAACAACAACAACAGCAACAAUUGCAACUUCAUUUGCCAACACAACAACAACAACAACGAGAAGAAGAAGAACAACAAACAUUACGCACAUCCACGAAAUUUGAUCUGAACAUUUUCAACGAUUUCGACCAAAUGGAAUUCAAUAACAACAAUUUGAAUCGAAACCAUAAUCAGUAUCCGAAUAAUAAUAAUAAUAAUAAUAAUAAUAAUAACAACAGUAAUAAUUGUAGCAUCAAUAACAAUAACAACAACCACAAUACCAACAACAACAACAACAACAUACAUACGCAUCAGACUAACGGUGAAAAUCUUAAUCAGAUCCAAAAUAGUCAUUUUAUUAGCGGCUAUCAUCAUCAGCACAUUGGAUCGGAUUAUGAGCCAGUGAUUAACUUUGUUGAUUCACCACCGAACUCUGAGGAAUCUUGGACAGACGCACAGUCCAAGGAUUCGCCAGGACCCCAAAUAAUCGACGUGAGGACAAUUUACUCAGACAGUGGCUCGCGCAAAAGACGAAUGGAUUGGUACUCAUUGGACAUCGGUCAAAGUGAAAAUUCACCGACAACACAGUCCGGCGAUAUACCCAAUAAGGUGGCACAUCAGGAGAAGGAUAAGCACAAACGUGAAAAGCAUUCAGGUCGCAACAGCUGGAGCGACGAUAUAGGUUUUGAUCUGAACGCCGAGUUCAACAGCAACUCAUAUUUGAACAAUGAAAACUUUUUAUCGUUCUCCCCGAGCCUGACGGCGCUCAAGCAGGAGCCGCAAACGGAGCAGCUCAAACCGAAUACAAAGAUAUCCUUGGACAGCGGCAGCAACAACAACAACAACAAUAACAACAACAGCAGCUCCGGCAUUGGCAAGAGCGACAAAUCUCCAUUGGGCGAGGCCAAUCAUUCACCACAGCGCACGGGCCAGGAUUCGGGAGUUGGCGCAGCUGGCGGCAGUGGCAAGCAUGAGUUGAACGCCGGCAUCAUUUGCGGCUGUGGCACGCCGCAAGGCUCGCCCGCCGCAACGGAUUUUGAAUUGAACGGCAAUGCCAAUGGGAAUGAAGCAACGGCUGAGAAAAGCUAUACACAGGCGCCGCGCUCUGGACUGCAGCAGCAGCUGAGCCUUGUCGAGGCAGCCAAAAUUGAGCCCAGCUCGUCCGGCGGUGCGUCCCAUGGAGAGGAUCAUAAAUUUCAGUACAUUUUGGCAGCGGCCACCUCCAUUGCGACGAAGAACAAUGAGGAGACUUUGACCUAUCUGAAUCAGGGUCAAAGCUAUGAGAUCAAAUUGAAGAAAAUUGGUGACUUGUCUUUCUAUCGGGAUAAGAUUUUGAAGAGCGUUAUCAAAAUCUGUUUCCAUGAGCGCCGUCUGCAGUUUAUGGAACGCGAACAGAUGCAGCAAUGGCAGGCAUCGCGUCCUGGCGAUCGCAUUAUUGAGGUGGACGUGCCAUUGUCGUAUGGCCUGUGCCACGUGUCGCAGCCAUUGAGUUCGAAUGGCUUGAAUACGGUGGAAAUAUUUUGGGACCCAUUGAAGGAGGUCGGUGUUUACAUCAAGGUCAAUUGCAUUUCAACCGAGUUUACACCAAAGAAGCACGGUGGAGAAAAGGGUGUACCGUUUCGACUACAAAUUGAAACCUAUAUAGAAAAUACAACAACAACAACAACAGCAACAGCAACAACAACAACGACAGCAACAACAAUAAAUUGCGGCAACAGCAGCUCGAGCAGCAGCAGCAACAGUAGCAGCAGCAGCAGCAGCAACAGUGCCGCGGGCAAUAACAACAACAAUACCGCUGGCAAUAUAACUAUCAACAACAACAACAACAACAACGCAUCUGCCGGCACUUCGCCUUGCCCCACGGACAAUCGGAAUGUGAACAGCGGCAGUAUUGCCGGCCUGGCCACACUCAAUGGCAAACAAGCGGUGCACGCAGCUGCCUGCCAGAUUAAGGUCUUCAAGCUGAAAGGCGCCGAUCGCAAGCACAAACAGGAUCGCGAAAAGAUACAGAAGCGUCCGCAAUCGGAGCAGGAGAAGUUCCAGCCCAGCUACGAGUGCACCAUUAUGAAUGAUAUAUCAUUGGAUCUGAUACCGCCAGCGACCACAACUGGCUGCUACAGUCCCGAGUAUAUGAAAUUGUGGCCAAAUUCGCCGGUGCAUAUACCAAAAUAUGAUGGAAUGCUGCCAUUCACCAGCAGCGCAUCACCGGCGGCCAGCAGCAGCCCCAUUGCGAUCAAUUCAGUGACAUCGACCAAUUCGCCAACAUUGAAACCAAUGGACGCCACAAAUAUGGUAUCGCCGCAGCAUGUGCCAGCCGAUAUGGACGAUUAUAAUCAGAACAUAAUGCCAGAAUCAACGCCCGCACAAGUGACACAGUGGCUGACAAAUCAUCGUCUGACGGCCUACCUCACCACAUUUGCCCAUUUCUCGGGCGCGGAUAUUAUGCGCAUGUCCAAGGAAGAUCUAAUACAAAUCUGUGGACUUGCCGAUGGCAUACGCAUGUUUAAUAUAUUGCGCGCCAAGACCAUUGCGCCACGUCUGACGCUCUAUGCCAGCAUGGAUGGCUGCAGCUACAAUGCCAUCUACUUACUGUCCAACACGGCCAAGGAGCUGCAGCAGAAGAUCUACAAGCUGCCCGGUUUCUAUGAGUUCAUGGCCAAGGGCGGCUCUGCAGGCGCCUUGGAGAAUGGUGGGGGUGUUGCAGCCGCGGCGGCUGCUGCAGCAGUGCUCUACAACAAUUGGGGCAUGCAUUCAAAAUACUCGGGCAGCGGCUCCAAUAUAUUCAACGAGGCGAACAAGAGUUGCGUAUAUAUAUCGGGUCCAUCCGGCAUACAUGUCUGCGUCAGCGAUGAGGUGCUCAACAACGAGGUCAAGGACGGCAGUCUCUAUGCCCUGGACGUGCAGGGCGGCAAAGUUAUAAUGAAAUUGAUCAAUAAGCAGGAUAACAAUUGAAUAAUUGCUUAUCUAAACUUGUUAAUUAAACAAAAUACGAUUAUUAAUUGCCUGCACCAAGCAAAACCUUGAAGGAAAAGUAUAGUUUUUAGCAUUUAUACUAUAUCAAUUGUAACACAUGCGUAUUAGAGUUAUAUCACACAAACACACAUAUAUGCAUAUAUAUAUAUAUAUAUAUGUAUAUAUAUAUAUUUCUAUUUCUAUAUAAGUUUCAAUUUGUAUGAGAUUUCGCGCAG